AUGAUUUGCGUCAGAGUGGACAUUGUAGACUGCACUUGCUCUGCCACGACAACGCUCCGCCAGUCACAUGGCCAUCUCGGACAAGAGUCUGUGAAAAAAAGUGAUUUCUGUGGAAAACCACCUCAUUUGCCUGCGAUCUCAGUUUUAGAUUUGACUACUUUGUAUUCCCCAGAUCAAAACCCGCACUCGGGUGGACAACAUUUCGGUAUUCUAGCUGUUCAUAUCGUAUAG